AUGAGAUUCUUCAUAAAAUGCCUCAAAUGUGACCACGAUUUUCGAGUCUCUGAUAUUUUGACGCAUAUGUAUGGGCAUUUGUAAGUUUUUCAAUCAAAAGUCGAAACUCGAACACUACGAUGCACUUUUUGAACUUUUAUAUUCUUUCAAUAUUUAGAUUUGUAAAGUUCAAGUUAAAGGCUUCGUAUGUGAUCUCGGUGAACCGAAAGAAUUGUCUUAAACUCAUUGGAUAUAUGUCCGAUUUCCCUUUUUAGAUGAUGUUAAUCCUGAUAUUCUACUGGUUCACACAUGUGAAUUCAAAAAAAAUGAUAAUAUAACUAGGGUUCCUGUUCUUUCCACGGUUUACCCUUAUCUUUCUUUCCAGUGUUGUCAUAUACCCACACAGUCGGCCACUUCGAAUCAAAUGCACGGCAUGUGACAUCUCAUUUUCCGAAGCUUCGUGUUUUUAUGCUCAUCUUGAGAAAGAUAAAGAAAACGAAAAACACGCGAAAAAUGCCAGUUCAAAACUUCUCCAAAUCCUCGAAGAAACUGAAAAAGGAUGUACAUUGAAAUUUCGAACAUUUGUUGAUAACAAUACUGAAGCAGUGACAACAGAAGGUAAACAACUGGUGGAGCAACCAAUUUUGACUGACAAUGUUUCAAAAAGUCCAUUUAAUAGUUUUGAAACCUUUAACCGGACGCCAAUUUCAUUCGAUACACCAUCUACAUAUAGAACACCCGAUGAAGCUGAGAUUGUUCGCACAAUUUCUGGAAUAUCGAAUAGUGGUACACCCGGAAAUGAACCAGCACAAACAUCGAAUCAACAGAUUGCGAAUCAAAAACAACAAGGUGAAAACCCUGAGUCUGAAACAACCUGGAAUUUCAAGCGAGCAUUACUAAAAAAUACUUUUUUCAGAUUCCGAAAACUUUUCGGUUUUUGCGAAAAAACAACAAUUAACAAGUUGUGAUGAACAUCUAGAGAAAACUUGCAUCGAAUCCCAAAGCACCUUAGAAGUUUGCCAAUCUCAAAAUUGUUUGGUAUCUUCAAAUAAUUCGAGUUCGCCGAAUACUCAACCAAUUUCUAGAAAUGAAUUGAUAGAUGUUAUGAAAAAGCCGGAAGAUUCGAAAAAAAGCUGGUAAUUCUAACUAAAAAUAAAAAGAGGCGGUUAGACACUUAUUUCGGUUUUCCUCGGAACCUUCUGUGAAAAUUAGUUCAAAUUUCGAAAUAAUGAAAGUUAUUAGAAGAUGAGAUGACUCUAUGUGUUUUUUUUUAAAUUUCAAAUUGCCUUCACCACAUGAGCCUUUUCUGAAGUUUUCAGUUCAUCUCCAAAAUCUCUACCAAGAUCUGAAAAUCUAUUCAAUCAAUCCACGUCUUUUUCUGCUUUUUCGCCAACCUUUCGACUUAAUUUGCUACGAUCUCCACCUCCACCACCAGAAUCACAAAUUUCGAAAUCAAAUCAUAUCGAAAACAAACCGGAUGUGAGCAAAUUGAGGAAAAGAAAAAAACCGGAGGAGAUGCCUUGUAUUGGAUUCUCAUUGAGAACAGCGAAAACAACAAAUAUUGCGAGAGGUGUGAUUAGAACUAAUUCAAAUUCAAAUUCGAAUUCUAAGAUUGAGUCGAAAAAAGAUUCGUGGCAAAAAUGGAGAAAUGGAAAUGAGGAUGAUAAGGAUGAAAAUAGAGCGAGGUGGGUUCACAAUUUCGAAUUUUGAAUUAUUUUCCAAUUCAAAAAUUAAUUUUCAAAAUUUCAGCACUUCAACCAAAAGUUCAGAACAACCGAUGAAACGGAAGAGAGAGUUAGUUUUUUUUUAAAUUCGAGUUUCAAAAAUUGCUUUUCAAUAUUUCAGGCGCUCAUAUUCGGCUUCGGAUAGCGAUUGA